UAGUUUGUCCCAUGGGCAUGCAACGUAUUGGGGGUUGUUUAUUACAGCUAACUAGAGCACUUGGGUCUCUGCCACUUGUUCAUUGGAGGAGUAGCUCCGGUAUUAAUAGGUUAAGGUUUUUAUCUACACAGGCAACAGAAUCGCAUACUAUGGAAGUGAUUCCAGGAAAAACAAAAAUGGGUUGGAUAGGAACUGGAGUUAUGGGUGUUCAUAUGGCCAGACAUUGUAUGGAUAAGGGAUAUGGGCCUUUUUUUGUUUACAACAGGACUAUGCAAAAGGCACAGGCUUUGGUUGAAAAGGGAGCCACAGUUUGCAAGUCUCCCAAGGAACUCGCUCAGCACUGUGACGUCGUAUUUACUAUGGUGGGAUAUCCUCACGAUGUUCGUCAGGUAAUCCUAGACCAAAGUUCAGGAGUAUUGGCUGGUUUGAAAAAAGGAGGUGUGGUUAUAGAUUUGACAACUAGUGAACCUAGUUUGGCAAAAGAGAUAGCAGAAGUGGCUUCUUCACAAGGAAAAUAUUCAUUAGACGCCCCUGUUACUGGAGGAGAUGUGGGAGCUAAGAAUGGCACACUUGUUGUCUUUGUGGGUGGUUCACAGUCUGCCUAUGAGUCCGUGUCACCUUUAUUGAGUUGCUUUGGUAAAACUAUCAAAUACUUUGGAGAAGCUGGUUCUGGACAACAUGCCAAAUUGGCCAACCAAAUAACAAUUGCCUCCAAUAUGAUUGGAAUGUGUGAAGGACUCAUAUAUGCUUACAAGGCAGGUUUGAAUCUGGAGACUUAUCUCUCUGCUGUCUUAAGUGGUGGUGCAGCCUCUUUCUCUUUGCAAGCAUAUUCUCCUCGUAUUAUGAAAAGAGACAUGGCCCCUGGCUUUUAUGUCGAGCAUUUUGUAAAGGACCUUGGCAUCGCAUUGGCAGAAUGUCAACGAAUGAGAAUUUCAUUACCAGGUUUAGCACUUGCACAGCAGCUUUAUGUGUCCUUAAUGGCUAACGGAGGUGCAAAGAAGGGAACGCAAGCGUUGAUUGAAACGCUAGAGUUGCUGAACGGAUGUCAACUUCCAAAGAUGUCAUGAAUGAGUAAUCAAGGACAAGUGAGCUAGUGAUAAGAUCGCUUUCUUUAAACCGAGUUUGCUCGGUAUUUGUUGCUUUGAUAUUACUACUUGCCUGUUUUGUGUUUCAUUCUUGCCGUUUAUGAAUAUAACGCGUUGUAUUGAGUUUUCUUUUGUCUAUUAUCGUUCAAUAUAAUUCUUUAUUUGUGUAUCAGAAAAGAGUGAAUUGUAAAUCAUAUGAAAAGCAGUUUUCUAUACAACGCAUAUUAUACUAUAUUGUAUCAAGCAAAUCCACGACAAUACUUU